AUGUACUACCUGUACAAGAAGAAACCCGGCGAUGACCGCAGCGAUAGCCUGUCGACCAACGCGGCUCCAGUGACUCUGCAGUCCAACUCGAACCUGGGAGGCCAUUAUCCCUCUUCCAGGAGUCGCAACAGCAACCACCCCCACCAGCGACCACAUCCCAUCGCCGAAGAAGGGAAUAGCUCUGGUAGCUUUGACGUCCCGGAAGGUCCCUUGGAUUCCUCGGCUCAGCAACCCUUCAGCGGUCGAAGGCGUCGACCGGGAGCCGAAGUGGAAGAUUCCGAGAGCAAACAGAAAGAUGAACAGAUCGUCAGGCGGAUGCUGAGACGAAGAGGUCUCGAGGAACACGACUUUGCAGCAGAAGUCAUGCAACCGAGAAGACCCUCUAGAAUCAGUUGUCAAAGGUGUCAGCAUGACAUUGCCUACAAUCAUCAUCGAAUUAGCUGCAGCAGUGACCAAGAUAAGCACGUGUUCUGCAGAUCAUGUGUGGUACUCUACGUAGACGCUUGGGUCAAAGGGGAAGCAGAGUAUGAGCUUCGACAUGGAGGUCGCCAUCAGUACGCUUUACCCUGUAUGUCACCUGCUUGUCAAGUGGGAUGUCUUUCGGAGGCUGCCAUGCAACCCAUGUUGACCCAUCCCAUCUUUACCAGUUGUCGUCAGAAACUCGUCAGAGCCAGGGCAGAACGCUCACAGAGAGGAGGAUCCGCUCAACCGAGAAGGAUCCAAACCGAUAUGGAGCAGGAUGGACAACCCUCAUCGCAGAGACAGCCACACCAGCAGCAGUUGUAUUCUGGCCUAUCCCAACAACCCAUUCACGGGGAGGCCCCCGCAGCAGAUGACGACUUUCCUACCCAACGGUUGCUACGGAGACAGCCACCGGAUUAUGCGCAGUACCAAAUGCAGUAUCAGCAACAGCAGACACGUGCCGCUCCUCCACCACAACCCUCGCAAAAGCAGUUGCAGGAACAGGAGGACUUGCGUCAGAAGGAGGAAAUCAAACGACAACAGCAACGUAUGCUUCAUGCCAUGUACCACCAACAAGGAUCGUCGGCGUCACAAGCAGGUUCAGCCGCGCCCUUGCCUCCCACCAUCCUAAGGCGGACAUCCACGUCCAGUACCGCCACAUCCAGGAGGACGGGGACGGGACAAGGUGAGGUUCUCACUAAAGUCGACCGAUCAAAUCGCUCUACCGACGACGACUCGUCUGGGUCGUCGGCGUCAUCAUUGACCACAAGGUUCCCCACUUCUGUUACAUCGGAAGCUCGAGAAACUGAGAAGGAAGAAAGCCAACGACGGCAUCAGCGUCGUCAACUGGCACAGCAUCCUCCAACAACAAGAACAGCAAAUGCAGCAGCGCGACCAAAGCCUGCAAAUUUUAAUACCGCUCUGACUACCUGUAUGUGCUGUUACGAAGAGUUCUCCCCCAAGGUUAGCCCUGUCAUUCGCUGUGAUCCUCGUCGACCCAACGAGGCGUCGCACCACUUUUGUGGAAAGUGUGUUCGAAUGUACGUGGAAGAGUGGAUCUUUGGGGCCGCCACUUACACGCCGCGCCCGGGACGACCCGAUGAACAAGGUCAGACAGACCUGAUCUUGCCCUGCUUGCACGGCGACUGUAACGAAGGCGGCUUUCGAGACGAUCAAGUGUCCCAGUCACUCACCUCAAGGUCCAUGGAACAAUAUCUUUCCAAGAUUACGCCCAUGAGAAUUCAAAAGCAAGACGACGAAGAACGGCUCAUGGAAAUGGCCAUUCGGUUGUCGUUGGAACAAGACGCUAUUCAGAGGCGUGUCUCGCAGCUGCAUCAAGAACAGAGGAGUGUCACGAAGGAACAAGGACAUAACAUGAACGUACUGAUGGCGCCAGCACCAACACCGACGAGAGGGAGAAUCAACCCACCUUCUAUGCUGAACAUCCCUCAGACGACCCUGUCGAACACUUCGUCUCUGACGUCGUUCAACACGGCGUUCCCUCAGAGUUCGAGGUCUCUCCCUGACUUGCCAAGAGGAACAAUGAACAUGAGCAAGUUGACAGGCAAGGGCGAUGUUGGCAGAUUGGUAGUACCUGCAGCCAAGAAGCCUUCAGCGGCUGUGAACGAUCAUGAAUCAAUUAUUGAACAGAGCGUUCAUUCUGUGGAAGAAGCCAUGACUCAAGCCAAGGUUCGCACUUGCCCCAACUGCAACACCAAGUUCUUGAAGGACGAAGACUUUUGUAACAAGCUCAAGUGCCCAUCCUGCAAGACCGCCAUCUGCUACAUCUGUCGUCAGGUAAUCCCCACCCAGGGCUACGAGCACUUUUGUAUUCACAAGCAAGGGGGAUGCGCGGCUUGCCUGGGUAUGCACUGUCCGUUGUGGACGCAAGUAGACGAUGACAAUCGUCGGGAUAUGGCUGAGAUGAGAACAAGAGGGUUGGAUGAAGCCAAUCGUAUAUGGGAGGAGUCUCUGCUAUCAGAAUACAGCAAAGGGACAGAGAUUCGAGUGGACGUAGACCAACUGCUGCAGCAACCGCAAAUCCAAACAAUCGAUAGGUUGAACUGCACCAUAAACAUAGAUAUUGUUCUACUACCAUUCACAGGAUGA